AUGGAUCCGCUACUCGACAACGGCGGUCCGGAGCCGGUCUCCAACACCCCGCAGUCGGUCCUGCGAACGGCCCAGUUACUCUAUCCGGUUAUCCUGCUCCUGACCUUCAUCAUUUCGGCCGGUGUUCACACCGUUGUCACGUCAAAGACGGAGGAGCAGCUGGCUGCACCCACCGUCAGGGGGCCCGGCGGGAAACCCUUGCCAAUCACGAAGAAGAAACGGGAGCAGGAAGCACUCGAGGCAAACGACGAUGCUCGUGGCAGCGGUGGCUUUGCUUGGUGCGCCUUUCUGUACCUGACAGGCGCCCUUGUGGUGUCGUUCGUCGCCAAUGGCGCCGCAAUCGCCGCCCAUGCCAUGAGCUCGGCCAAUUCUAGCAAAGACGCGGGAGCCACCAAUGUGUGGUGGUGUGGCGACGAAAGAAUUGUCUACGUUGUCGGCGCCGCGUUUCUCUAUCUCUAUGUUCUCAUCACCCUCCUCGAAUGGCGCCAAAGCCCCAUCGUUGUUCACUUCAUCGUCUGGACCCUCGGUCUGGUGGGCGAGGUUGUCAUCUUGGUUGCCUCUAUCCUCGCCUUAGCGGGCAGCGGCUACCUCGGCUACCUCUCAGCGGGCUUGGACAGCAGCCCUGGACCAUGGGACACCAUCGACCUCGGCAUUGCGGGGUUUCGUCUUUGUCUCCUCGUCUCCCUCGUCAGCCUGUACGCGGCCGUUACUAAAAGGCGGUUGGAGGAGCGACGGCUCCUUGACGAGGAGGCCCAGGGAUCGGAUACGGACGAAGGGAGCCCAUUGCUCAGCGGCAAUGGAGACUAUCACGGCCACGCCAAUGGACAUGCGACGCGGCGUACCCACUACGGCAGCACCAUGGGGAAUGCCCGCCGCAACUCGGACAACCCCACCGACCAGGGCUGCCAACAACAGGACCAAGGGGCCGCUUUUUACAGACCCGACAAGCUUCCCCACAAGUCGUGGUUCGAAUAUUGCCGCGGAUACUCGGUCUUCUUCCCCUACUUGUGGCCGAGCAGGUCGACUCGGCUCAAGAUUGUCGUUGUGCUGUGCUUCAUCCUGGUCAUCCUGCAGCGUGUCGUCAACAUUCUGGUGCCCGCGCAGCUCGGUAUUGUAACCGACACGUUCAAGAAGGAUGUCGACAAAGUGUGGAUAGAACUAGGGCUUCUGAUCCUGUACAAGCUGCUCCAAGGGCCCUCAGGUCUGUUGGGAUCCGUCCGGUCGAUCCUCUGGGUCCCCGUUUCCCAGCACACGUACCGAGCCUUGACGACGGCCGCCUUCGAACAUGUACACUCUCUCUCGCUAGACUUUCAUCUGGGCAAGCGCACUGGUGAGGUGCUUUCGGCACUGAACAAGGGAGCCUCUAUCAACCAGUUCCUCGAACAGGUUACGUUCCAGGUGGUCCCGAUGCUGGUAGACCUUUUGGUUGCCAUCAUCUACUUUUACAUCCGCUUCGGGUCCUUAUACGCCCUUUUCGUUUCCAUCAUUACCUUUUACUACCUUUACUUGACCAUCCGCAUGGCUGCCACUAGGUCUGACCAGCGUCGCGACAUGGUCAACGCCGACCGCGAGGAGGAAGCUGUCAAGAACGACUCCAUCAUGUCGUACGAGACGGUCAAGUACUUCAACGCCGAGAGGAGAGAAUUUGACCGCUACGGCGAUGCCGUCAAGAAGUUCCAAGAGGCCGAGGCCCAGGUUACAUAUGGCAUCAACCACAUGAACAUGUGCCAGUCGGUCGUGUUCAUGUGCGGCCUGCUCGUCGCUCUACUGACGUGCGGUUACCAGGUGUCGCGCGGCGACAGGACCGUUGGCGAUUUUGUCCUGCUUGUCACCUAUCUCAAUCAGCUGCAGGGACCCCUCAACUUCUUCGGCACCUUUUACCGGACCGUACAGUCGGCCAUGAUCUCGGGCGAGAGACUGCUCGAGCUUUUCAAGAUCCAGCCGACUGUCGUGGACAAGCCCGACGUGGAACCGCUUCGGGAAUGCACCGGACACAUCAAGUGGAAUAACGUCGGCUUUUCAUACGACAAGCGCAGGACGGCCCUACAGGACCUAUCCUUCGAGUGCAAGCCGGGCACCACGACCGCAUUUGUGGGCGAGUCUGGCGGAGGCAAGUCGACUGUCUUCCGCCUCAUGUUCCGGUACUACAACUGCCGCGAAGGAAGCAUCGAGAUUGAUGGUCAUGACGUCAAGGACGUAUCGAUCGACUCGGUGCGCCGUUUCAUCGGUGUUGUACCGCAGGAUACCAUCCUGUUCAACGAGACGCUCAUGUACAACCUGAAGUACGCCAACCCGAACGCGACCGACGAGGACGUCUUCGACGCCUGCCGAGCUGCGGCCAUCCACGACCGUAUCAUGAGCUUCCCCGAUGGCUACUUGACGAAGGUGGGCGAGCGGGGUCUCCGCCUGAGCGGUGGCGAGAAGCAACGUGUGGCAAUUGCGAGGACGAUCUUGAAAAACCCCAAGAUUAUUAUGCUAGACGAGGCGACUUCGGCACUCGAUGGAGAAACCGAGCAAAAGAUUCAGUCCAAGCUGAUCAGCGGCAAGUUCGGUCAAGAUCGUACACUCUUGAUCAUUGCUCAUCGGUUGUCGACCAUCACCCACGCCGAUCAAAUCAUCGUCCUUCACGCCGGUACUGUGGCUGAGAGGGGCACUCACCAAGAGCUCCUGGCUCUCAAUGGCCGCUACUCCGCCAUGUGGGAGAAGCACUGCCGAGCCGAAAAGGCCGCCGAGCACGCACGCGAUGCCACUCGGAAGGCCAAGAAGCUUUUGAGCCAAGCGAACAUCGGCGACGACGGCUACAACAGCAUGCUCUCGUCUACCAUCCUACCCACCGCCCCUCAUAGCCCUGUAGCCACGGCUGCUGACGCGCAUGAAACCGCCUCCAUUUCGUCGCGCAUGAGCAGCACCUCCUCGAGCGGCUCGGACGGCACACUACAAGACGAUGGCUCGGACGGUAACGAAGGUCAUUCCGGAAAGCCGGAUGACGGGCCCCGACCGCUCCUCUACUCGUUCCCCUCAGAGUCCUCCGCAGGCCGUUCGACAAACGCAUCCAGAUCUCCCUGA